CCUUGCUUUCACUUACCAGGACAAAAACCAAAUCAAAGCACACCCUACCUCUCCGGCAAACAAAAAUGUUGUUUUUUUCGUAUUUCAAGGACUUGGUGGGCAGGGAAGUGACUGUGGAGUUGAAGAACGAUUUGGCGAUCAGAGGGACCCUGCACUCAGUUGAUCAGUACCUCAAUAUCAAGCUCGAGAACACCAGGGUUGUUGAUCAAGACAAAUACCCUCACAUGCUUUCAGUGAGGAAUUGUUUCAUCAGGGGAUCAGUGGUGAGAUAUGUUCAAUUGCCUCCAGAUGGAGUUGACGUUGAGCUGCUUCAUGAUGCCACAAGAAGAGAAGCUCGGGGUGGCUGAAGUUCAUUGUCUAAAUCUUUAAUGUACUUUUAUGGAUAUUAAUUUAAAUUACUUUUUAAUGUAAUAGAUUUUUAUUUUGAAGUAAGACUCCAAAGGCUGUAUAUUGGCCCUGCAAUAGGCCAAUGUGGACAAAAUCCAGAGCCCCUCCUAUUAAUUGGGAAAAAUGUUCUUGGAUUGUGUUAACAUCUAUCUGUUUAUGAAUUAUUUCAGAAGUCUGCCCUUUGGAGAGAUCUA